CAGCUCAGCCUGAUUCUUUAGGCCCGGCGAUGGGCACACGCCACGACGAAGCCGCUGCAGCCGCUGCUGCUGCGCAUGAAGAGAAAAUGCGCAGCAGAAGAAUCUUGAAAGAAGGAGAAUGGGCAUGCACGGACCCGAAGUGUGCUCAGGUCAAUGCUGAAUAUAGGAACUCCUGCGAAUCUUGUGGAAAAUCAAAGCCUCGAUCAAAGAACCGCGUCGGGAAAGAGAUUGGAAAAGAAAUGGCGGACAAAUCAAAAGGAUUGUUUGCGGCCGAGGACUGGGUCUGUUCCAAAUGUGGAAACGUGAAUUGGGCUAGAAGGAAGACAUGCAACGUUUGUAAUGCACCCAAACUUGCGGACCUUGAGAAACGAACAGGUUACGGAGGUGGGUUCAAUGACCGCCAGGAUAUUGAAUAUAUCAAACGUGACUUGGACGAUGAAUUUGACGAAUUUGGAAGGAAAAAGAAGAAGAAGGACGAUAAAACUGUUAAGCAGAAUGCUGCUCUUCCUGCCAACCGUGACAUCUACGAAUCUAAACUAGACUCGGCUAUCGAUGACGACGAAGAAGAGGAGGGCGAAAUUAGCAAGUACAAAUUGGGAAGUGAUGGAGACGAUGAGGAAUCAGAGGAGGAUGUAGAUGAAGCAGUUUUGGAGAAGUACGAUCUGACAGCAGAUCCUGAACUAGCAGAAAUCAAAAUUGAAAUCAAG